CCCCUGGCCGGGCAGCCUGGGAGGGACACAGGCGGGACCAGGGGAGGGACAGCCACCGGCCAUCGGCGUGGGGAGCGGAAGUGGGCCAGAGAGCACGGGGCGGCCUGGGACACCCUGAGGAGACAUGCCAGGCCCCUCGGUCCCCUGACUUGGGACCAGGGGGCGUUUCCCGGACUCCUGGACUGAGCUGGAAGCAGCUGGGGAAACUCCAGGCCACCUGCACAUCCUGGCCCAGGCUGGGAAGGGUGUCGGCCCCUCCUCCUCUGUGCCCCCUCCUCCCAGAAGUCCACCAUGGAGAGCAAGGAUGAGGUCAGCGACACCGACAGCGGCAUCAUCCUGCAGUCUGGCCCCGACAGCCCGGUGGCCCCCGCGAAGGAGCUGACCCACGCGGUGCGCAAGCAGCAGAGGGCCCUGGAGGCGCGGCUGGAGGCCUGCCUGGAGGAGCUGAGGAGGAUCUGCCUGCGGGAAGCGGAGCUGACGGGCAUCUUGCCUGCAGAGUACCCCUUCAGACCGGGGGAGAAGGCCCCCAAGGUCCGCCGCAGGAUCGGAGCCGCUUACAAACUGGACGAGUGGGCCUUGCACAGAGAGGACCCACUGAGCAGCCUGGAGAGGGAGCUGGCCCUGCAGCUGCAGAUCGCCGAGGCCGCGCGGCGCCUGUGCCGGGAGGGGAACCUGGGCCGCCAGGCGCGCCGGCAGCGGAAGCACGCGGUGCAGCAGGAAGAGAAGAAGCUGCGGGACCUGCAGCGCUGCCUGGGGGAGUGGCAGCGAGGCAACGGGGCCCCUCCCGCCCCGGCCCCAGGCCCAGAGCACGGCGCCUCAGAUGACAGCUCCCUGUUGGACGGGCUGCUCCGUGAGGAAGAGGCAUCUCAAGUGCCAAAACCUCCCCCAGAGUCCCCAGAUGCGCCUUCCCGGCCUCUCCCGCCCCAAACCCUCGAGGGGCUGCAGCCAGCAGGCCUUGACACGGGGGGCCUGGAGCGGGCCCCCAUCCAGAACAGCCCCUGGAAGGAGACGAGCCUGGACCACCCCUACGAGAAGCCCAGGAAGUCUUCCGAGCCCGGAAGCGAGUCCAGCAGCCCGGCCAGCACCCCGCAGGAUGGGCCCAGCGAGUCUAGUCCUGCCUCCUGCUACGUGGUCCCCGUCCGCAACGUUGCUGGGCAGCGGCAGGGCCGCAUCAGUGCCCCGGCCACCCCUGAGAUGCAGGGCAGGAGGGGCCAGUCACAGCCCCUGAGGACCGACCCCUUCCGCGCGGGCCCCGACGGCAGGGGUCGCAGCGCCCUCCCGCGCCGCCGCCCCACUUACUACACGGUGACUGCACCCGCUCCCGUGCCGUGCCCCGCCUGCCACUCGUGCUCCGAGGACAGCGGUUCCGACGCCUCCAGCCUGUCGCACCCGACGCCGCCCGGCAGCAGCAGCCCCGACAUCUCCUUCCUGCGGCCACUGUCCCCGCCCGCGCCGCCCCGCCCACGCGUGCCCCGCGGCCCGCGACUCCGGCCUCCCCCCGCCUGCCUGAGGGCCGCGCGCUACCUGGUGCUGGCUGAGGGCCGCCCGCCGCCCGGUCAGUGGGUCGAGUGGGGCCCGGGCCGCGGCGAGGACACGGCCGCCCCGCGCUGGCAGCGCCCACCGCCCGCCCACGGCCGCGUGGUCCGGACGCCCUCUUUGCGCGACAGCCCCGCGGGCCGCGGGCUCAGCAAGGCGGCCGUGUCCGAGGAGCUCAAGUCGUGGCACGAGCGGGCCCGGCUCCGGAGCUCACGCCCCCACUCGCUGGACCGCCAGGGGGCUUUCCGCGUGCGCAGCCUGCCGCCUGGCGCCGAGAGCUUCGCGCGCACACAGGUGCCCACCGUGUGUGUGCUCCGGAGAUCGCCUGAGGGGGCCCCCGUGCAAGUGUUUGUACCUGAGAAUGGAGAGAUCAUCAGCCAGGUGUGACCCUGGGCUCCGGACACCGUGGCCGGCAGGCCGAAGAGACUGCUUCCCAGCGGGGCUGGGGCUGCGACCGCCCACCCUUGAAGCCCUCUUCGGCUCUCCUCCCCCAUCGCAGGUCGAUGACCUGGAGCUGAGACUUUUUUUUUUUUUUUUUUUACCAGUUUUUGUUCAGAAGCUCUGGCCUAUGGAUUUAUAUUUGUGGUUUGUCCCCAAGAUCCCUGUAAUAUGACAAUGCUUUAUUGCCCAGAGACAGGCCUACUGGACUCGAGGCCUUGCCUCUGGCUAACAGCAUCUGUCUCCGUGUGCAAGACGUGUGGUAGGGGACGCAUCCCCAGAGAACAGCCCCUGGCCCUCCUGCCCCACUGCCGCUGGGGGCUGCACCUCCCUCCCCCAUUUCCCAGCUCUCAGGCUGUAGGGUGCCCGGGCUGGGGGCGAGUCGUCCCCUCUGUGAUGUGCUCUGUGAUGCACACACCGAGCUAGGUUAAAGGUCAGUGUGUCCUGGCGGAGUCUUGUCUCCCUGGGCUCUGCUCUUUUCCUGACCCCGUGACUUCCUUGUAGGGGCCCCUGUCACUGUGUGCGCUCUUGUCCUGAGGCUGCCAGCAUCGACCCGGGCCCAGGAGCCUUGGGCUGGAGGCCUCUCCAGAUUGGAGCAUCCGUAGGCCCUGGCCGGGAGCUGACCACCUUCUCUGGGCCUCUUGAGGGCUUGCAGGCCACCGCCCGCUCCCCCCGCAACCGCCCCACUUCCUCUGAUGUCUUUUCAUCGUCGUCAUCCUAAAAACCAGCGCUUUACAUGUGCUUCUGGAAGGGCGCCCCCUGUGGCGCGUUCCCAGGGCCGGGGGUGUCAUUGCUCCUUCCCGCACUCGGCUGUGCUGCCCCGAGACCGGAUUUCCUUGAAGGAGGGCAAGUCCUUGUUUUUACAGACAUGGGGACACCCGCCUUGCAGGGUGUUAAUGAGUCAUCCUAGUGCUGAGACUUGAGGCCCGGAAGCUGGCCGUGCUAAGACCGUCCGUGGUCCCGGGCUCUCAUCCUUGGGCCUUUGCUGCCGGGUCGGAUCCCCAGAUAGGGGUCCUGCUCCCAGGAGAGAGCCGCUGAGCUGAGGCUGGGAGGUUUGGGCGCACCAGGCACUGACCUUGCCCACAUGGCGUCCUCUGUCUGUAGGACGGGGGCUACACAGACAGCUCGAGGCUCUAAGAACUUUGAGGCCUGGCCCGGACGAGGCACAGUUCUCCCGCUGCCUGGGGCAGGGCGGCCCGGCCCAGGGGUCGGGAGGAGGGAGGGGCCUGAGGGGAAGCCUGCAUCCCUGUGCUCCCGGCCCGCAGCAUCCUGGCUCUGGGAGCACCUGCCCCGUCGUGUUGACUGUGGGCGCUGUUCCGUGGCGGUGGGUGUCUGAGCGCGUUGCCCUUGAGCGCAGCCUCUGCCCCCUGCCGCCCCGGGUCCUCGCGGAGUGCGCCCUCCACGCCCGCGAGUCCUUCGCGUUGACUUACUGGUCCUGUGUGAUGCCUGGUGCGCCUGAGAAGUGGCUGUGUCCUUGGCGGUGGGGUUUCCGUGCCAGUUACUCCAAUAAAGUCUGUCUUUGUGAGGCGGAGCUGGGGCCGCUCUGGAACCCAGCGCAGCGGCCCCUGGAGCCUCGAUGCCCAGGAUGGGCGUGGGCCCCAGAGCUGAGGCACCAAGUGUCAGCCUGCCCUGGCUGCCGCCCCGAGUGUGCAGAUGGACUCACCUCCCAACAAGGUCACCUUUUCACCAUUGGCUGACCGUGUCUCUUGGAACCCUAACUUAGCAGACGGGGAAGCGAGCUGAGGGACUUUAACUCGGGAAGGUCGCAGGGCGCGUAAAGCACAGGGCCCUGAUUUCGGGCCCUUGAAACGUAGCAGCUGUGCUGUGCCUUGAACCCCACCUGCACACCCAGGGUGCUCUGCGGCAGGGCGGUGAGACAUGGCCUGACCUCAGGCUUAGUGGCCGGUGUUGCUUCGGGUCCCAGGGCUGCCACCACCUCCGUCCUCUCGCUUCACCCGCUCCCGACGGCCGUGGGUGGGCAGGCCUAUUCUUAGCCUCACCCCCUCCCCCGGUCUCUGUGUCCACACCUGGGUCCCUGCUCAGAGAGGCUCGCCCGAGGGUUACACCAGCCCGGUCGUCAGGGGAGAUGCUGAGGCUGAUUUGCGGUUUCCAGUCCCCUCCCGUUCAGGGAUUUCUAUCUGCGGCCCCUGGGGGUGACUUAAAGGACUCUCUCUUUCCAUGCUGUCCUAUCCCGGCCGUACAUGAUGCAGAAAAUCUCUUAACCAAGUCCCCACGUGGUUGCCUUUCCACGGAGGCUCCUGAGGUCCACUCUUGGCCACAGGCCUGGAGAAGCUAGUCCCUGGAGCUGGGGCACCCACGCUGGCCCCCGACGGCUGCGGAGCCCUCUUGGCCGAGGGUGGGGGGAGGGGGUUUCUGCUUUCCUGUUGCACCGGGGGAAUCAGCCGGGCCUCCUCCCAGCUGCGGGGUUGCGCCAGUCGGAAAGGGAAGCCUGCGAGCGUAUUCUGGAAUCUCUGGGACAAGAACAGGUGGUAAGGAAAUUCUCUGGAGCUUUUUGAGAGCUGCGGAGGAAAGUAGGAAAACACGAGGGCUCACGCUUCCUUGGGUUUUGGAUAUUAGCCCUGGCUUGGAAGCUGCCUGACUUGGCCUCUUAGGCGGCCAGGCCACCGGACAGGUGCCGGGCAAAAGUACCUGCCUCGUGGGCCCCCGUCCCCGGACGCCUACGGAGGGGCCGGGCCACGGUGAACGCCAGGGCAGGGCCUGCGCCCGGCGUGGGGCAGGGUCUGGGGGCGGGCGGCAGGGGGGCCGCGGGCAGAGAUUUGAGUGUCCCUCCAUCCUAGUUCGACGUCGACAUGCUGAAGUUCCUGAGCCGGGGCUGGCGUCCCUCUCUGAGGGGAAUUCUCCUUUCCUCCUGGCCCUUCCAGACAUUAAUCCUUGAAGAAUCCACGGAGGCCUUGGUCAGCACCGUGCGUCCGCAAGCCAUGCUCUGCAUCGCGGCCCUGAGGUUCCCCAGGCCGUUCCCUCCCCCGAGCCGCAGGGUCUCUGCUGCAGGAGCACUGGGGCUGUGAGGAGGGCAAGGCUUGGGGACCUGAGCUCUGGGCUGUGGGUGGCAGGGCCCAUGACCACCACCUGGCCUCCCAGCCUCCUGGGGUGGGAUGCCCCCAGCUUUCACUGUUAGAAAGCUGUUAGGACAUCAGUGUGCGCAAGGCUCCCCAAGAACCCGGGGCCCCCUUCCCUGGCAGGGAAGCGUGUGGGGCUCAGCUCCCACUGUUUCCCGUGCCUCAGAAAGAGGGCAGAGCAGAGUCUCCCCCAGGGCCCUCGACACUAACCUGUCCUCCAAAGCCCUCCCGUGGCUCCUUCCCUCCCCUCCCCUCCAAGGUGAACCCGCCGUUCCACCUGUCCCAGAAGCUGGACCUGGCCAAGGCCGGCCUCUCCAGCAUCAUCCCCCUGCCGCCCAUCACGCCCAGUCUGGACCACAAGGACAGUGCUAGUCUCUACAUCCAGUUCCAUGACAGCCCCAGUCUCAGGAGGAGACAGUCUGGCGAUAAACCCACAGAUUCUAUGGAAUUACUGGCCAAUAGACUUGGCCAAAUCUUCCCGAGAAUUUUCAGUUUUAAAGCUGGAAGUUUCCUUGAUCAAAAACGUUAGAGAACGAAUCGCUGACGGUGAGGGCCCCAUGGGGCUGUAUUUGUUGGCAAGAACUGCCCAGUGCCCACUGCUGCUCUCUGGCCUGCCAGGGGAGCAGGUCCGGGCUUCAGUGAGGUCAAGAAAGGCCAGCGCUUGGGAAGCUGGGAGUGUGGCAGCAGAGCUGGCCGGGCUCCCUUCCCCGUGGGGAGGGGUCUGAGGGGGAUGGAGUGCCCCAGGGAGCUGUCCAUCCUCUGACACCCCACGUCCCCCACUUGCGGGACCGUCCAGGCCUUAGAUGAUAUGUUAAAGGCUCUUGUGCUGGAGCGUCUGGAGCCCAGCAUGGUCACCCUGCAGAGCUUCCUGGAGAUCAUCCUGCCUUGCUUGGUACAGUCGGAGAAAGUGCACGAACAGUCCCGGGCCUUGGGGGCCAUUUCCCGGCUGCUGAGGCUUACCUGCAAUUUCCCUGAGCUGUCGCACAUGGCAGAGUUCUCGAUGAGCGGGCAGCUCAUGGGCACCCUAGGCCUCUUCUGCAUGAAUCCCAACCAGGAGAUCAGCAUGGGGGCCUUAGAGGCCCUGCUCUACCUGUUCAAAAUCUCGUGCUUCAUAGAGGUAAGUGUUAUGAGCCUGGAUUGCCUUGUGGCCGUGGCCGUGGGACCCUCUGGUUCGUAGGAGUGACAAGGACGACCGUGGAGACCCCAUGUGGUGCUGGGGGCAUCAAAGGGCCUGCCUCUCUCACAGCUGCAAUGCUGUAAAUGUGCUUUAUCUAGAUGAACCCCAAGUGCAGUGCUGAUGCAAUGCCCUCUUUUCAGGGGUUCCAGGAGAGUCUUGGGAGAACAGCGAGCUAGGCUUGCAGCCACCUAUGAGAUCAACUUGAAUCCUCAGUGUUUCUCAGCUGUCCCACUGCCACCGUGAGGUGUGAAGCUGGGAAAAGGAGGCUCCUUUCUCACGGAACAAACGUGGGCGUCCCUGAUCUAGGCUUUCUCUGCCCCAGGAAAACCAAAGAUACAGACCACCACACACACUUACAGAGGUGCCACAGGAAUUUGCAAGUCUCCCCCAAAGGGAGUUUCAGGAACUUGACGUUUUGUGAGUGAAUAGGGUGUAUUUCCUGGCUGCUUAGCAGCGGGUAGAGGGGGGAACAUGGUACAGGAGCAGCAGCUGCUAGAGGACCAGGCACCUCACCGCCACACUCCCCCUCCACCCACUGGCCUGGCACUAGGGACCAGGGAACCCUCCUUGUUCUGUUGGGCAAACGUCAUCCCACCUAUAAACCCUCUUGAUCUCUGACGUUUGCAGGGGAGAGGGCAGGGCGUGUUCCUUUUUCCCUGUUAAGACCCUGCCCCGAACUGUUGGUUUUGGGUCGGAGAUAUGAAACACGAGACAGAGGACAUCCUGAAGGAUCUGCAGAAGGAUUUCCGAGCGGAAUGGUUUGCCAACAUACAGGAUCUCACAAUGGUAACCCUCGGCCUCCACCGAGUAUGGGAUGCCCAGACGGGGAGCCUUGGCAGGGGAGGAAGAGGCCUGGGGCGCAGAGGGGUAAUCCCCAGUGCGGGGACGGGCCCCCAAAGUUCACGGAAUGCUGGAGGGGAACGCACCGGGGGCGGGGCUGAAGGAGGCUCCCGUCUCUGACCUUGGAGGGCAGCACUUAGAGGCUCGGGGUGACCUGACGCCUGCACCGGGCUUUUCUGCAGCCCCGGCUCCCCGGCCGGCCACCAGCGCACAGUGGAAAGCUGUGGGUGUGACACUUCCUUUCCCAGGAGUGCCCCCGUGGUUCCCGGCCCCAGGCAUCACUGGCCUUCUCUCCAAGCCGCUCUCUGCCCUUUGCCACUGACCAAAGACGGGCUCCCAGGGCGGGGAGGCCCCCAUUGGAGGCAGCACGGCGUCCAGAACAGAGAGGGCCCGGAACCGGUCCGUGUUCUGCAGUGGAUGGCCUGGCUCUGAGCCCGGGAGCCUGGGCGCGUGAACUGCAGCUGAGAAGUGCUGAUAUUGGCUUGCACACACCCGGCUCAUUUGCCCGGCAAGGCUCUGACGGGCGCGUGAGGAUGCGCUGAACCAGCAGCUGAGCUGGGACGUUAUCUUUGUGGAGGGUGGUGGGGGGGGUCCCUCCCAGGGAACUCAGCUUGGACAUUUCUGGCAGAGCCGACCCUGAUGGGGAAAUCUCUUCUCUGAGAAACUGUUUUGGGCGCUGGGUGGGUCUCCGUACAGUAACAUAGCGACUGGGAAAAUCAUUACCACCCUGAUUUUUCAACUUCUCAUUGGUAGGAGAAAGGGUGCAGGUACAGCCAAAGGACGGCCUGGCUUUCCUCCCACCCUGGGUCCCUCGGAGUUCACUGAGUCCCGUGCCCGCAGGGCUGACCUCACCGCCGUCCGUCUCCUCUCUCCAUGCCCCUCGGGGUCUCCUCCUUGCCCUGCCCUGUAACACCUUGCACUGAGCCUCCCCGUCUCUCCAGAUUGCCCGGUCCGCCCUCUGCCUUACGGCCACCUCGAUGGGCUGGUCAAAGCCCAAAGCGAUAUUUGCCGAGAAAGACGUCUGGACCAUCCUCAGAGCCCUGGUAAGUCGCGGCUCCCGCGGCGCCUGCUCCUGGGCAGGGAGGCCGGGGCACCCAGCCGUGUGGGUCUUUUUCCUGCGGCUUCCGGGUUUGCAGUGGUGCGGUGAUGAGAUGCCCACUGGCCGUCCACUCUGCGCCCAGCACCUACAUGUGGCUCCUGCCCCACCCCGCUCCCAUUGCUUCCUGUCUGAGUUGGGGAACUAGGCACACAGGUGGAUCAUUCCGGAAUAGUCGAGUAAAGGCUGAAAGAGAGGAAUGUACUUCAUAAUGCAAGGUGGGGGCGCUCAGCCCAGUCUGGGGGUUGAAGGAAGGCUUCCUGCAGAGCUGUCCUCUGGGGGCAGUGGGGAGUGGAGGGCGAGGUAACACUGCCGCAAAGGGCUGGGCUCAGGGGUGCAGGUGAGGUGCUGCCCUACAGGGGGCGUGGAGCAGGGCUCUCACUCUGUCCCCGGGGCCUGGGCCACCUCAUCUGAUAGGACUUGAUAAUGGGAAAUGAGGGCAGGAGAGCCCAGCGUGUGGGGAGCUACAAGUGGCUUGGAACCAUUAAAGCAGGAGCAGAAAACUCAAAUGCCUCCGGGCCACACAGGUAACGUCAAGCAGAGAAGCAGGCCAGGUGGGUCUGGAGGGCUGAGAGUCGUGGUGCAGCUCCGGCCCUGCUUCUCGGCCUCGACAGAGCACGCGUUCGACAACAGCCCCUUACUAUCCUGAAGUGAAAUGUGUGGGUAAUAUCACCGCCUCUACAGACUCCCAAAGUAAAGAGAUAUGAAACCCUAGCUCCAGAGGAGAAAUGAAAGUACUUUUUCAUAGAAUGUAACAUAACAUGACGUGAUAACAUGGCAGGAUGUGACCGUGAUAUAAGCGUGGCCGCGCCCGGCCCAGCGCCUCUAGGAGAUGUGACAUGGGGUCUCCUGCCCGCGGAUGGACCGGCUACAAAGGCAGGUCGUGUGUUGGGGGCGCAAAUAGUGACCCAACAAGUGUUGCCGCUGGUGAUGUGACUUCCAAAGUGAUGGACGAUUUUUGGCGAAGUUCUGAAAAUGUGAAGUACAGUCUUGCUUUGAUCUAUAUUUUAGCUGCGUCCCUAGAAAAUCCACUGUGUAUCUGAACCAUGAAAAGUACUCUGUGUUUCUAUAAAAGACAGAGUCAAGUUCUGGGCACAGACGAUUAGAAAUAAGGUUUUGAUUGCACAGGUAUCAGUAGGACAUGAGGAACUGUGUCCUUCCCCUCAUCCUCUCAACAGUUCCAUCCAUCCCUCUGCGGACGGCACAGUCCCCACCUGAGAAGGCUGAGACCCCCUGAUUGCAUCUAUGAGAAAACGUGGGCUCAGGGUCGCUACAUCUUCCACUUCGCUAUAGGAAGUGGAAAUCCUGAUUUUAGGUGCAAUUUCCCGCGUUUAUAUUGGCAACUAAUUUAGAAGGUUUGAAACAGUGUGCGGAGCAGAAGGAAACAUCUGCGGGCUGGCUUGGCUCCUGGCUGCCGGGGUGCCGUCCUGGCACAGGACCACAAGGCAGGAAGCAGGAGGCUGGGUCGUAUGGUUUGGUGGAGGUUGGGACACAAGAGCAGGACUUGACGCUGUAGGAAACGGGGAGCCAUCGAAGCACUAAGCAAGGGGGUCACGUGGUCGAAUGGCCGCGCAGUUUUGACAGACCGUCUGGCGGCAGGUCGGAGGAUAAGUUCCCGGGACAGGACUGGGUCUGGGCCGGGGGCCAGGGAGAGGUGAUGGGGUCAUGGAGACGAAGACAUGGGGGGUUAGCCAGUCUUGGAGGCUGAUUUGACGUGGAGCGUGCAGGUAAGGGUGGACUCCCGGGCUCCUAACACAGGUGAAUGCUGGCGUCGGAGGCUGAGGGGAGAAUCCAGAGGUAGGACCAGGUGUGGAGGGGACGCCAGUGGCUCGACUCGUACACGUGGAGUCAGUAAGGCUUGUGGGGUCCGUCCCACUGGACGUCAGACACGGGUCACUGACGCAGGGAGAGCGGACUGGGCCGUGGGCAGGGACGUGCACUCGAACGGCAGGUGGAAGCUGCAGCCCUGCCUGGACUCGCACAGCGGGACAGGCACGCAGUCAGCAUCGGGAUUCUGGGACCCAGCGAGAGUCUAGGAAAGAGAAUCCGGCAGAGGAGUGGAAGAGGGACGAGAAGAGAGGAGCGUCACGGUCACCCAAGAGGAGAAGCUUCGGGAAAUGAUGGCGACCACAGCAUGAGUGUAGGAAGAGAGACGCUGGGGCGGCCCGUUGGAUUUGGACCACAGGGGCUGCUGUGACCUUUGCAGGCGCAGGGUCAGUGGGGGGCGUGGUGGAGGGAGGGGCCCAGGGACGUCCUGCUUGUGACCGGGUGUGUGCACCCCCAGGAGGAGCUCUUGCUUACACUCUACAAGCUGUCCUGCCCCCUGCUGCACAGCACCGCCCCCCUGCCCACAAGGCCCCGUCCCCCAGGCCCAGGCCCUCCUGCCCAGCACCGCUGUGUCUGUGUUGCAGCCCUGAAGCACAUGCAGGAAGACCCCGACCCCGCGGUCAGCUGCCUGGCCACGCAGACCUCCUACGUCCUGGAAGCCAAGGAGAAGAUGAAGAUCCCCAGCGCCCAGCUCCUGCUUCUGUUGCAGGAGGCCGAGAAAGGCCCGUUUCUGAGCCUGCGUCCAGGGCCGACAAGCCGGUGGCCGCGGUGACUGCGGCUGGGCUUCUAAGCCCUGCUCUAGACGUGCGGGCACCAGGCGGCUCCGCGCAGCACCACUGUGGCGGUCCCGUGGCUCAGCACACCCCGGCCCAGGUGACAGCGCUCAGGCCUGGGCAUGGAAAACGGCCGCUGUCCCUCCUGCCACGCCGACGGGUCAGCGGGGUGAGCACCUACCAUAUCCCACUGCCCCUGCUGGAACCGGCCCUGCUGGGGGCCGUCCCACCAUCCCGGGGCGGCUCUCCGUCCACGCAGGGCCACUGGCUGUUCCCAUCGCCACCACCCCGCCCCGCCUUGGAGCCGGGGUGUCACCCGUUACCCCCAACCUCAGUCAGCCGGGCCCUGGGCAGAGCUCUGGGUACAGGGACAGUGACCCCACGUCCUACAGAGCAGGGGCCCCGCGGCCCAAACUCUGGCCACAGCGAGGCGGACGCCCAGCCUGGCUCUGUCUCUGGCCCUGCAGCGUCUGGCCUCUGUCACCCGCACCCCAGACCCCGGGGACGUGUGGAGCUCCUGCUCGGUGGCCGCGUCUCCACCUUCCACGCCUCCCUCUCAGCAGUGGCCACGCUCCCCGGGUUAUCUGGGCCCGGGGAGCGGCGGGAGUCACUGCCACGCUUGCAAACAGACCUCAGAGGCAGCGUUGAAGCUCGUGCUAACCCGGCAAUGGCCAGAAGCCUCUUCCACCCACCGCCUUUGUCACCAGCUGGCACUAGGGGCCUUUCCGGCCGCACCUGUUAUAGCUGGCGGUGCUCGGGGCAAGUCACAAGACUCAGUAUACACUCACGGUCCCUGCCUCGCCCUCGAAAGCGCGAUCCUGCUUUGCUACAAGCAAUGACAAAGGAUGGAUUGUAUUAUAAGCUAUCAGCAGGUCAAGUGCAUUGGUAUAGGACCUGCUUCAGAGACAAUCAUGCUCCUUGCCUUGGUCAAGCCAAGUUAAGGGACUCAAUGGGCAGAGACCAGCCCAGGAAAUGGAUUCUAGGGCCUUCUUGUCCUGGGAUGAUCUUGGCCACAUUUGUCGGCUUCUGGGCCUCAGUUCCUUUCACCUGUAAACUGAGAGGUUUGGAAAAAACUAUCUUUUAAGAUGCCACCCAGCCCUGGCAAUGAAUGGCUCGUGUCAGAUUCCGAGAAGUGCAAAUUUCUUGCCUGGGAAAGCCGCCUGGGAACUUAUAUCCUAAACAGAAUUUCUCUUCUUCAUCCUCGUUUGUUUUCCAAGUUUUCUAUAAUAAACAGUUAUUGGACUUC